UCUGGUUGAUUUUCAGGUCCUGGAAGAGCUCUGAAAAUCUGUCCUUGGUACAAUAAAGAGGUCCAUCUGAGAUUGAGACAGCUCCACGAUGACAGGGAAUCGGCUUCUGCCUCAUGGGAUCCAUGCCUUGUUUCUGCUCAGCAUGGCCUGUGAAGCCCAUCAGCCCACAGGGAGCCAUGCUGUCUCCAGUGCCAAUCCACUGUGUGAGAAGGAGGUUGAGUCCUGGGGAAACCUGUUCAGUGGAGAGCGACUGGAUGCCUGGAUCUGUUCUCUGAUUGGCUCGGUCAUGGUGGGGCUGAGUGGGGUUCUCCCCUUGCUGGUAAUUCCCCUUGAGACAGGAGCCACUCUGCGAUCAGAAGCGGGAUCCUGUCGCUUGAAGCAGCUCUUAAGUUUUGCAAUUGGUGGACUGCUGGGAAACGUGUUCCUGCAUAUGCUCCCAGAGGCCUGGGCCUAUACCUGCAGUGCCACAGCAGGAGAAGGACAGAGCUUCCAUCAGCAGAAGCUUUUAGGUCUCUGGGUGAUCAUUGGCUUUCUGACCUUCCUGGUGCUGGAGAAGAUAUUUUCAGAGAACGAUGAGCAAGAUCGGCUCGGCACAGACAGUGAUUCCAGAGCACCAGCCAAAAGGGUUCCAAAUGGAAGCAGCUUCUCUCCGCAGAAGGCAACAAGCACAGUCCAAAGAACAGGAACAGGUGUGACUCAGUGUAAUGGUUCCUCUCAUCAGUCUCACCCACCUGACAGAAAAAUCAAGAUCAGUGGGUACCUCAACCUACUGGCCAAUACCAUUGAUAACUUUACACAUGGCCUGGCAGUGGCAGCUGGCUUCCUGGUUAGCAGAAAGGUUGGGGUUCUAACCACCAUGGCAAUCCUCCUGCAUGAAAUACCACAUGAGGUAGGAGACUUUGCCAUCCUGCUCCGGGCUGGGUUUGACCGCUGGAGUGCAGCCAAGAUGCAGCUUUCCACAGCUUUGGGGGGAAUUCUAGGGGCCUGCUUUGCAAUCUGUGUUCAGUUACCUAAAGGAGCAGGAGAAACCGUAGCUUGGAUUCUUCCAUUCACCUCUGGGGGAUUUCUGUAUAUUGCCUUGGUGAAUGUCGUGCCUGAUCUCCUGGAGGAAGAGAAUCCUUGGAACUCCCUGCAGCAAGUCCUUCUCCUGUGUGCAGGCAUUAUGGUCAUUGUGUUGCUCUCAGUCACUAUAGAAUGACCUCCGCUCAGACAUUAUGGCACUUCCCAGAACUGCUGCAUUGACUCUGAUUUGUUACAAAGCAAUAAGGAACACUAAUGUAACUUCCUGUAUAUCCAUGUGUGGAUCUGGCUGCUAGCGUGAGAGGCAGGUGACAAAGGAGUCAUUAGACAUGCUGGACUCCAUCCCCUGGCUCUUUUAUUCGUGCUCCAUUAACAUCCGACAAACUGGGACUUCCAAAGUCAUCAUUCUUUGGAGCAGAAGACUUUGAGGAGCAAAAAUGAACUAAACAACUACUCCAAGGGGAAUGGAGUUUUUCAUUCUGGAGUAAAAACGUAAUGGAACUGUACUUCCCAGGAUCCUGCGUAAAGAUCCCUGUAGCUGGUGAAGAGGCAGGGUCUAUUUGUCACCUUAGACUUGGGGAGAGAAUAAAUGUCCCAAAGCAGCUGCAAACCACUAGCUUUCACCAGCGCAACCCUUUUAGCAGGAGCAAAGGUGCUAUCAAAACCCCUGAGAUGCAGAGGAGUGGAGAACAGCCAUCUCCCUCAUUUACCAAUAGUGUUGUUUAUAAGAGAGUGUCAGCCUUGGUAAUCCACUUCUCUGGCUUCAUUUGCCAUAGUUUGAUGUCACAGUUGGGUCAGAUACUGGGGCAGUUGGGAUGAAGUUGGGGUGGUCAUGCUCAGUAUGGGAGUCUGUUUGCCUCAGCCUUAACCCCUCCAGCAGUUCAAUACAGCCUGGGUUCUUAUUUGGAAAAAGGCAAAUAAAUACUUCUGGUCAACCCAAGCAGUCAGUUCACCUAUAUCUGGGGAGAGAGUCACUUAGUAACUGCUGGCCAUGUAAAUCCUCUCCUCAGCUGUAUGUAAGUGUAAGCAAGGUCUGUGCUCUGAUCUCUGUGAGAAGAGAUAGAGAAAAGAGAACAUGCUGACUAUACAUAAAGAAAAAGAUAAAGCAGAGAAAAUUGUCUGUACACGUAGUAAAGAGAAACAAAAGGGUUCAAAAAAUGAAAAAUUAAUCUGAAAUCACUGUUAGCUAAGCUGGAAUGAAGAAAGAAAUGAGAGGCUGACAGCAUCAUGCCUGUAACAGGAAUUUUGUUCCAUGGUGUUUAUUCAAUUUGAUGGUCAUUUAAAUAGACAAGUGAAAUUUAACCUGACUGGUGGAGGUGACCAGCUCCAAUACCCCUGUUUGUGUUUUUCAAAGGCACGCUAUCCCUUAGGCCUUGUCUACAUAAGAAAGUUGUACUGAUUUUAACAAAACCUGUUUUUAAACCAACAGAGUAUAAUUAAUAUAAUCACUUUGUUACAGGUAUGAAAUGCGUGCCCAUGGCUAGAGGUAUAAAACUGUCUCAAACUAGUCGCUCCCAAAGGGUGUGCUGCAGCCUGCUAAUGUGCUGCAAGAGCAGUGAAAGCGUGAUACAAGAAAUGAGCUGGAUCAGGCCACAGCUGUGCUGACCCAUGGACCAGUGACUGAAGUGUGUUGCCAAUUUUAAUCCAGGAAAAAAAGUGUGCCCCAGGUAUCAAAAAUGUGGUAAACACUACUCUAAACAGAGUUUAUUAAAAUCAGAACAACAUACUGGACUAUACAGGGCCUUACUGAAAGUGCUCUUUCCUGUUACACUUCAGUAUGUCUAAUGCUCCUGAAGAGGUGAGUCUGAAUCAGAGUAACAGGCCAGGCCUAAAGUGCUGCCAAGAGCAGGUGCCCUCUAUUUCUUUAGAACAGGGGUGUCAAAAGAUACGCAUCACAGGCUGGAUGUGGCCCAUGGAACCGUACGAUCUGGACCAUGGGUCUCGGGCUGAGCCUGCAUGCCACAUGUGGUUUUGUGCUUGCCCCAGCCACGUGCUACACAGUGUGCAAGGCUGCCACCAUCGGCCUGUGGAGCUGUCUCCAUCGGUGCUUCAUGCAGCACUGACCUGGUCUGGAGCAUACGCUGCAUGCAGUGCCUGUGCUGGACCAGCUUUGCAGGCUGGCUUUGAAGCUGAUCUGAAUCAGGCCCACAAACUGGUCCUGUGCAUUGGCCGCUGGUCCUACACUCCUCAUUCAUUGGCUGCUGGUCCUACACUCCUCACUCCCACAGACUGGUCCUACACUCCUCAUUCAGUAACGGGGCUGGAUGAAUUUGAUAUCCCUGCUUUAGAACAUGGGUGUCAACCUCACCCCUCCUCAUAAGUUGGAUCCAGAUGCAGUGGUAGAGCAAGUGGCAGCAGCAUGGUAAGCAUUGGCCUUGGUACAGGAAGCAACAUGACCAUUGCUACAAACAUGAAUUUCCAAAAGGACUCUCCAUACCCCAGAUUUUGGCACAAGUCCCUGCCCCAAAUUCCUGAUUCCUCAGGCCACUGCUUACCCAACAACAUGGCUCCACGGGUUGGAUCUGGCCCAUGGGCAGUAAGUUUGACACUACUGUUUUAGAGCUCUUGAACUUUGAUCUUUUCCAUGGUAGCUUACAGGCUACCUUCUGGAGAGAGCCUGAGAGCUGCUGCUUGUAGUUCCCUCCAUACAGGGACCAUUAAAAUAUCUUCAGCUUUUCUUUAACCCACCUUGUAUCGUGAACCAGAUGUACUGCAGCCACGAGAGAGGCUAUUUCAGUGCAGCUUUCAUGUACAGUUGAAAGCUGCCUUUCCAUGACAGCUGCUGUCUACAUCCUCCAGCUGUCAUGUGCUCCAGUCCAGCAUCCAUCUCUCUUUCCAAGCAGCUGUGAUGAUUAAUAGUUCUUAGGUACUCAGUUCUGUUGCUCUGUGGCUGUUUUCCUGGAACUUGGAGCUAAACCAAGCCCUUGGUGUGGAAGUUGAAGAAACAUGUCUGUGUACAGUGACAUUGUCCAACAUUAUUCAAAACGUUUUGUUAAAAAUCAUGAUGACAUCCAAGUCAAGUGCAUUGCAAGAUGAGUACCCAGGGUUUGGUGCUAGUAUACCGGUGCUGGGUUUGGCUUAGAAUGCAAGCCUCAGUGCAAAUUCAGUAUUCAGGAAUGCAAAGUGGAUGACACCAAAGCAUUAAUCUCUGAACUGUUUCUACUGGCUGGCAGCCCAGGCCUGGCCUCUGUCUACAGGUCUUGGGAAGCUGCACCCGCUGGGUUAGCCUGGGGCUCUGGGAGGGGCUGAUUAGCUGUUCUGCUGCAGGCAGCACCAGCUCUGAGCCUAAAGGGUAGGUGCUGUGGCAAGGGACAAAUAGUCACUCUGCCAUGUUUGUCACUUUUGGAAAUGCAGAGAGAAUCCUAUUUUCUAGCUUUAUUUUUCCAGCUGCUCUUAUGCGUUUUCCCAUUCGUCUGUAUUGAUCUGAUCUGCAUGGAGACAAUAGAGAUGAAAUAAAUGGUUUUGAGUAUGUCUGUGGUUUUGAUAAGCAACUUUUUUUCAUUUUAUGCCCUGCGGAUCACAGAGCAAAACCCCUGACCCUGCUGUUAUCCAUCCUCUUCGUAAGCCCUUGUCAUGCUAUCUAAUCCUGAAGCCUUCACUUCUGAAAGCUCCUCAAGUCUCAAACCAUUAUUAUGCCUGCUGUUAUAACAUGUACAUGGAUCAGCAGGGAUGUGGUCUUAUCACUGUUGUCUUACAAUAUGUGUAGUCUGUGAUGCAUCUGCAGAGUGUGUAACAAGAAUUUUUUCAACCCAGGCAGUACAUAUAUGACAACCCACAGUCUAAAUUAUGUGAUAUCCAAAGUUUACUAAGGAAACUUAGUAAAAAUCUCAUGGGAAGAUGUUUUUCUAUUCUCCAAAUAAGAACAGAUCAGAGCGGGUAAGAUGUGGUGCCCUAAAAAGGUAAGAUCCCUCUUAAAGUGUUAUCAAGUGAUAAGAGCAUAUGUUGUUACAUACUUGACAUAAAAUCCUGAAGAACAAAGAUGGGAGAGGUGAUUACAAGGAGUUGAUCUAUGUUGGCUGUACGUUUGUUGGGUUAGGACAAGGCUGUCCAAGUUCUUAUAAGCCAGGGGCUACAGCAGCAGGGGCCACAGCACUGCUCACCUCCCCAGCUGCUAGCUCCCUUUGCAUUACAUGGGCAGGCAGUCUCCUCAGCUACUGCAGCACACAGGUGGGCAGGCAGCCUUCACCUCCCAACUGCUGCACCAGGCAGGUGGGUAGCCCAAGUGAAAGCAGGAAAAAGGGAAGCCUGGAGACCCCAACAGCAGCAGAAGGAGCGUUGGGGCUACAGAUAGGAUCCCUUGUAGGCCACCAAUUGGACAGGCCUGUUUUUAGGAAAUGUCAGAUAUCUUGACUUCUGUGAAGUUUAGAGAGGAUUGCUGGGAUAAUUCCAAUUCAUGGAUCUUCCAUUUAAUCUUUAGAAAUGCUUCUUAAUUACAGAUGUAACUAAGCUUCUGAUAUGACUUGUGCACGAAUAUCUCUAAGAAUAUCAACUCUGCAACUUCCCUUUAUGACUGUAAAUCACUAAUCAGAGAGAUCACAUCUGCACAAGAAAAGCCAGCCAUUGCAGAGAACCCUUGUUAAAUUGUGGUUAAACCAUGACCACAGCUGUCACAGAGUUCCCAGAUGCAGCUAGGUCUUUUAUAUGAUGGUGAAGAGGGACAGCUGUCUUCUGAGCAGGCUCUCUGUGUGUAAUAUGGCUAUGUAGACUGAUUUCUGGUUGAGGGCCUGCAAGAACUAAGAAGGAAAAGAGAAUUCUCUCCGUGUCAGGUCUAGCACAAGCAGGACAAUCUCAGAGAUAGCAUGCCUCAAUCUUCCACUGUGAUGGCAUUUUCACUUGGUUCAUGACCUCCAUCCUAACCUGAGCCCAGCCACUGCAACUGAAUUUCGGUGAGCCUUGGAACCUCUGGUUUGAGAACUGCUGUUCUAGAACAUGCAUGGUUCUGUUCCUGAGAGUAAUUUCUAUUGUGAGGGUGAAUAAGACUUUUUUUAAAAUCCAACUAAUCAAGUAUUGUCCAGAAAAUGGUUAAACAGACCUUUCAAGCCUAUAAUUUUGAUUUGUAAAAGCAACGUCCUAACAACUGACUUCAGGGAGCAAUCAGUUUGCAGCUAGAGCAGUGGGACUCAACCUUUUUUGGACUUGAGGCACCCCUCUAACUUUUGUGAAUUGAAUGGCACCCAAAUAAAAAAAAAACGAAUUUGUUUAUUACAGUACUUAUGUCCUUACACAGGGGCAGGGCAGUAUGGGUGCCAGAUCAUCUAGGCGUGGACAAGCCUGAGCCAAAAUAAUCUGCUUAAUUUAUCUGCUUGCCUUUUCACACCUUGCUUAUCUCCUAACGCUUUACAGACACCCUUCAUCCAAUAGCACCCCAGUUAAGAAUAAUUGAACUAGAGGAAUAAGUCCUAUGAAACAGCCAGAAGCAGAAGGGAUGUUUUUGCCUCUGGACAUGUAUUUAACUAGUGACUCAGAUGUAGCCUACAUUUGACUGCAUAAAAUAGAUUGGUAUUUUCUGCUUUUUAGGCCUCAUUUCCCAUAUGGUGGUGGGUGAGAGAGCACUAUAAACAAAUGCAGCUGCUGCUUUUUGUAUCUUGUUGAUAUAUAUAAAUCAGGCUUGAGCCACUGCUUCUUGCAGUACCAGCAGUGCUAGUCUGCCCCCUUGGGAUAUGACUAUGUAUGCCAGGCAAGUCACCAGCCCUUCCAGAAAGAUGUGGGGGGAACUUAACCCAGGCCUCUGCCCUGAGCCACAAGUGUUCCUCCUGAUGAUGUAAUCUUUUUUAUGUAAUCUUUUUUAUGGUAUAUCUAGCUUUUGCAAACUAUAUCUAACUGAAUACUUAAGGCAAGUUGCAGAUGCUGGGAGGGGUGUGGCA